AUGUCUUCCGUGCCUUCUCUUGAUCGACCCCGACGAGAUCCUGUUACAGAAUAUGAAAAGGUAGACAGUGGUGACAACGAUUUCUAUAUAGGGCCGGGGCUUAGGCGAGUCCGCCACAUUCACUCACUUAGUAUCUACAACAUCAGAUUACAAGGGUCAGGACGACAGCAUCACAAAAAUAGCUCUCAGUAUUCAUUUCACUUGGAUUCAACUGAAACGAGGCCUUCUACGUCAUACUUAGAUCUGGAAAAUGCUCAAUUGGGAAGUAUAAAAGAUAGUUUAUCUCCAGCAACCACCAGAGACGAUACCUACAAAGAGCAACUUCAAAAACAUAGAAAGGGACAGCUUCAACAGCCGGACAAUCAGUUUCUACUAGGGCUUGAUGACCAAAUUCAGGAGCAAUUGAAUAUUCAGGACUUGAAAAGAGACACCUUCUUUGAUAGUUUUUAUAGUCUCAAUAAUUUCAUGAAGGUGGAUGAUCCUUUCUAUAUUAGUCGUGUCUUCAAGAAUCAGCUGACAAUAAAAGAAGACCUAGAUUUCGAUUCCUUCAAUGCUAAAUCUUCUUCUCUGAAUCUUUUUGUAAAAAGAGGUUCUUCCUGGAGUCUCCUAUGUCAGUAUCAUAUCAAACUCUCCUUGCUGGUGAAUGUUGGGGAUAAUCUUGAGUUGGUGGAAAAGCAUUUCAAAAAUCGGGCUAAUUUCCUUCUCAUUCAGUUGAGCGAUGGCUGCUACUAUAUAUUGCCAGAUUCCGGUAUACCCUUUCAUUUAAUUCACCAGUUGCAGGUUGAGCAUAAGAAAAACGUUCUCGACAGGAUAGAGAAUCUGUAUCACAGCAAACAGAGGACAUGCUCCUACAAUCAGAUUAUGAAAAUGAACAAUUUGAGUGUAUGCAUUCGAGAUCUAAUGUGGAUUAAGAGAGAUCUUGGUAGUAGAAUCAACGAGGCUUUGCGCCAACAUGAAAACUCAUAUGCAGGUGUGGAAGAGAAGAUUGAACUGAUCUCUUCGCAGCUCUUAAGUUUAAAAGAAUUAUUGAAAGACCAAGAAUUUCAUAACUCUCAGCUUCGAAGAAAGAUCAAGAGUAUUCAUAUAAACGGCGAUGCCAAGAAAAACACCAUUGAGUUACUAUCUAGCAGAAGAUACCUACUAAUAUCACCUGACUUUGAUUCAGUUAAAGAACAGCUGAUCGGUUAUAUGGAUGGUCUUGGGCAGACAAAUACAAGUCUGAACUUAGAAAAGUCCAGGGUUGCCAAGGGGCUUCUCGCCAUAUUCCCUAUUAUUUCCUCAUCUGCGAAGACCAAAAGUUCAAAGUACGAUUUUGAGCUCUUUGGCUACAGGUUCCCCACUACCAGCUCCACUACGCAAUGGGUAAAGAUAUUGAAUCGACUAUCUAGAACGCAAAUGGCUAGGCUGAAUGCUUUACUAGGGUAUCUGGUUCUCAUUAUUAUCAAGCUUUCUGACUACCUUUGCGUACCAUUAAGAUAUCCAGUCAAAUUCUUGAGUUCUAAUUCAUACAUUCAUGACCCAAUAUCGAGAACCAAAAAUAAAAACAGACUUUAUCCGUUGUUCAUCACUCAAAAUUCGACUCUCAUACUCAGGUUUUCAUAUGGCUUGAUGCUUUUCACCAAGGACCUAGAUCAGCUUUUUGAGUAUGAAAAUCUAUAUAAAGUGGAAGAGUUUAACUUGCUUGUUAAUCUCAAAAUUCUAUUGACUUGUCUAACCAGUUACGACUGCCGCUCAGAUACCAUACAGGAUUUCGUAACAGAAGGUUUCACUACACGUGAAAGCAUCAAUGAAACGCUACUGAGUGAAGAUAGAACGAACCACAUUAGAAAACAUCUUUUGGGACAAUCAUCAGACUGUGAUUAA